CAAAUACCGUGCCAAAGAGUUCAUUGGGACCGGUUCUGCUUGCCUUGCUGUUUGAAAUGCAAUCCAGCACUAUCAACUAUCAUGGCACGUGACUGGGGCCUUAGAUUGGAAAGUUUUGGAGAGAACAAUAAAUAAGAAUAUAAUACACUUUUUUAUUCACUAGAAUCGUAUAAGUUAUAACCAUACACCAUACGGUUCAAACAAUCAUAUAACAUGUUUUUCUAGCUCCAAAAUUCCUUAGUUAGACUAUGCAUGAAAUUUAACACUUGCAGGCAAUUGAUACCGGGCAGUGCCACGAUGAACAGCAGUCCUGCGCCAUGCACCCGUUCCUGGUCUAUUAGUGAGGACUCCCUCAGAAGGUAUGUGCAGUUUGCUAGUGAGAGCUGCAUACAGGAGUUAUUGGCAGCUUCAGACACAAACAGAGGAAAUGGCAAUGAUGGAUGGAAGGUGCUUACUCUUGACAAUGGUGUAGAGAUAUCAAAACGAAGGUCAGACUCACUUCACACGUUUCGCAGCCGUUGGGUUCUUAGAUCUGUCACUCCGCAACAGUUCAUCACUGUGGCCAAUGCCAUUGAUGCUGCAAAGCAAUGGGACUCUGAUCUGGUGGAAGCCAGGUACAUAAAGGAUCUUGAAGACAACCUCAGCAUAAUUCGUCUUAGGUUUGGAGAUAACUCCAAGCCUCUAUUCAGGAAUAGAGAAUUCAUUGUGUAUGAGCGCCGUGAGACCAUGGAAGAUGGCACCUUGGUGGUAGCAGUUGCUUCACUGCCAAAGGAAAUAGCUGCAGGGUUACAUCCGAAGCAAAGUAAUGCAAUCAGAGGAUUGUUGCUACAGUCAGGGUGGGUAGUAGAGAAGCUUGAAGAUAAUUCAUGUGUGGUCACUUAUGUUGUUCAGCUGGAUCCUGCAGGAUGGCUGCCCAAGUGCUUUGUCAAUCGGUUUAAUACAAAACUGGUUAUGAUCAUUGAAAAUCUUAGGAAAUUAGCCCAAGCAUGUCCAAGUGAAGGUGAAAUUUGAUUAGUUUGUAAAGUUGGAAAGCAAGCAAGUGUAACCAAGUAUAGUAUUAAUGUCCAUUAUUUAUAUUUACUUACUACUAUUUUAUAGAUAAAUAGAAUUAAUUGAGCAAAUUUCAGCAUUCAAUGAAAAAUUUAAGGUUGUACUUAGCAUAUCACAACUCAGCAAGAUAGAGGCCCUUGGGCUCUGUUUUC